UUUUUUUUUUCAAUUAUAUUUUUCUUUCCCUCCAAUCAUUUUCUUCUUUGUCUCUCUAAUAAAUUUUCUCUCACUUUCUCUUUAAUAUGGAGUAGUACUUUUUUUUUUCUUAUUUCUGUUUUGGGGUGUUUUUUUUUAAUGCUCUUUGUUUAGGUUUUUUUUUUUUUUUUCUAGUUUCCCGGCGAGAGAGAAGGAAGUGGAAGAGUAUAAGAAAGAAAUAUCUCUGCUUCUACGAAACUCUCUCUCUUUCUUUCACUUUCUCUUUCCCCUUCCGUUUUUGUAUAUAUAAUUUUGGGUGAUCAAAGACAAAAACUCUAUUUGGAAUCAGCCCAGUCCAGUUUACUUCUUCAAUGGACUAUCUUUAACUACUGUCUUACAUACCAUUUUCUUCUAAAAGAAAGUGAUUGAAUGGAGCAACAGUCAAAAGGUCUGAUAUCAAGCCAAUCUGAAGGUCCAUCUAAUAUUCCUUCAGUCAACAUCUCUAGGAAGUGGGAAACUGGUGCAUGGGGAAUCCCACGUGGAACUGACACAUAUCAUUCAUCAAGUGAUGCAAGCUUGUUUUCUAGCUCAUUACCUGUCCUUCCUCAUGAAAAAUUGAACUUUGCUGAUGUGGAGCAUUCUGGUCAUUCUGUUGAUGAUAACUCACCUAAUUUACAUAAGCUAGAGUGUGAAAAUGAAGGAAAGGACCCACUCGAAGAUGCUGAAACAAAUGCCAUUGGAAAUUUACUUCCUGAUGAUGAAGAUGAGCUCCUUGCUGGCAUAAUGGAUGACUUCGAUUUAAGUGGCUUGCCUAGUCAGUUGGAAGACUUGGAAGAAUAUGAUGUCUUCGGUACUGGAGGGGGAAUGGAAUUAGAUUUUGAUCCUCAAGAGAGCCUUAAUAUUGGUAUAUCGACGAUGAACCUAUCUGAUGGGGUUCCUGCAAAUGGGAUUGGUCAUUACCCUCUUCCAAAUGGUGUGGGAACAGUGGCUGGGGAACACCCAUAUGGCGAGCACCCUUCGAGAACAUUGUUUGUGCGAAAUAUCAAUAGUAAUGUUGAAGACUCUGAAUUGAGAUCUCUCUUUGAGCAAUAUGGAGAUAUCAGAACUUUGUACACUGCAUGCAAGCAUAGGGGUUUUGUAAUGAUUUCAUAUUAUGAUAUUCGAGCUGCACGCACUGCAAUGCGUGCAUUACAAAAUAAGCCACUAAGGCGAAGAAAACUGGACAUUCAUUUCUCAAUCCCCAAGGAUAACCCAUCAGAGAAAGAUAUAAAUCAGGGAACUCUUGUAGUAUUCAAUUUGGAUCCAUCAGUAUCAAAUGAUGACCUUCGCCAAAUUUUUGGGGCUUAUGGGGAGGUGAAAGAGAUCAGGGAAACACCACACAAGCGACACCAUAAGUUCAUAGAAUUUUAUGAUGUUAGAGCUGCAGAGGCAGCUCUUAGAGCGUUGAAUAGGAGUGACAUAGCUGGGAAACGCAUAAAGCUUGAACCUAGCCGCCCUGGUGGGGCUCGUCGAAACUUGAUGCAGCAGCUAAGUCAGGAGCUGGAACAAGAUGAAGCUCGAAGUUUUCGGCAUCAUGUAGGUUCUCCAGUUGGGAACUCUCCUCCGGGUAACUGGGCACAAUUUGGCAGUCCUGUUGAGCAUAAUCCUUUGCAUGCUUUUAGUAAGUCUCCGGGUUUGGGAUCUUUCAGUCCUGUAAAUAACAAUAAUUUGCCUGGGCUAGCUUCAAUUCUCCCACAUCAUGUGCCUAAUUCUCCAAAGAUUGCACCUAUUGGUAAGGACCAAGCGAAGACCAACCUUACAAACCAGAUAUUUACUAAUGCUGGAGCAGUACAAGGAGUGGCCUACCAGCAUUCUCGAUCCUUCCCUGAGCAGGACUUAAGUGCAAGUCCUGGACCAGUCUCUGCCUUUGGUGAAUCUAAUUCAGGUUCAACCGGUGUUGGAACAUUGACUGGUCCUCAGUUUCUUUGGGGAAGUCCCACUCCUUACUCUGAGCGAGCUAGUUCUGCUUGGCCAAGUGGACAGGGUUUUCCAUACACAAGUCGACACAGCUCCUUUCUUGGUUCAAGUAACCACCAUCAUGUGGGAUCUGCUCCUUCCGGUGUGCAUCUUGAUAGGCAUUUUAGCUACCUCCCUGAGUCACCUGAAACAUCCUUUAUGAGUCCUGUUUCCUUUGCUGGUGUGGGUUUAAAUCGUAGCAAUGGAAGUUUAUUGAUGAAUAUUGGUGCUCGUGGAACUAUGGGUGCUGGUGUUGGUCUCCCAGGAAGUGUAACUGAAAAUGGUUCACCUAGUUUUAGAAUGAUGUCAAUGCCAAGGCACAGUCCUAUUUUCCUUGGGAAUGGUUCUUAUGCUGGACAAGGAACAGCUGGCAAUGAAGGUUUGGCUGACCGCAGUCGAAGUCGGCGAGUUGAAAAUAAUGGAAACCAGAUUGAUAACAAGAAGCAGUAUCAGCUUGAUUUGGAUAAAAUUAUGAGUGGAGAAGAUACUAGGACCACUUUGAUGAUUAAAAAUAUCCCCAACAAGUAUACUUCAAAGAUGCUACUUGCUGCCAUUGACGAAAAUCACCGGGGCACUUAUGAUUUUCUCUACUUGCCAAUUGAUUUCAAGAACAAGUGCAAUGUAGGUUAUGCCUUCAUCAAUAUGAUCUCUCCUUCACAUAUUGUCUCCUUCUACCAGGCUUUUAAUGGAAAGAAAUGGGAGAAGUUCAACAGCGAGAAGGUUGCAUCAUUGGCAUAUGCUCGAAUCCAGGGCAAGGCUGCCCUUGUGGCACACUUCCAAAAUUCAAGCUUGAUGAAUGAAGAUAAGAGAUGCCGACCGAUUCUGUUCCAUUCAGAGGGCCAAGCGACUGGUGAUCAGGAACCUUUCCUCUCUAGCAAUUUGAACAUCUGUAUUCGUCAGCCAGAUGGGUCUUAUUCUGGGGAUUCGCUGGAGAGCCCAAAGGGCCUUCUGGAUUAGAAGCCAGAGAAGAGUUAACAAUGCAUAUUGGAAAUCUUACUCCUAGCUAGAGAUAAAAUGGCUAGGAGUGCUGACAAGUAAAUAGGUGUUUUUAGUGUAUAAAGUUGGAAGAGAAAUGAAAGAACAGGUGUAUGUUAUGCUUGUGCCAUGUGCAGUGUCUGCUUUUCAGUUAUGGACACUCCAUGAUAAUUCACUAGAGAAGUCAAAAUUAAAUGAGGCAGAAAGUGUUUUGUUUAUAUGUAGAGCAAGAAAUUGUUAUUGAACCAGGGGUCGAAGAAUAAGGCGGAGCAUGCUGCUAAGAAUUGAAGUUUCAUAGCAGCUGUAUGUGAUACUCGCCAAUCUGUGCAUGGGUCUCCUCUGGGGUUUUUUCUUUUUAUCAUUGACAUUUCUUUACUUGGUCAUGUAUGUCCAUUUGCAGAUAUGGUCACUUGUUUGUAUGUAAAUCUUUGUUGGGGAAUCCAAGGUACAGGGCUGUUUAUAAAUUGUAUAGGAGGGAGACAAACAGACCCUACAAUCCUUGUCAUUGUAAUGUGCUAAAGUGUGUGAAAAUGUGUAUUGAAACUUGAAUUUUUCAAUAUUUAUGUCUGUACAGAUAUUCUGAACCUUCUUCUUA